AUGAAUGAAUCUCAAGCUUAUCAGUACUUUGUCUUGCGGGCACAGAAAAUAGCUUUGUCCCAUGGAUUUGAAAUUGUUAACUGGGAGGAGACCUUCAAUGACUUUGGAGAUAAAUUAAGUCGGAAGACUGUGGUGCACAAUUGGUACGCCAUACUUUUUGCACAGCUUGGAGGUGGAGUUGCUGCACGAGUGGUUGCAUCUGGGUUGAGGUGCAUUGUGAGCAACCAAGACAAAUGGUAUCUAGAUCACUUGGAUACUCCUUGGGAAGAAUUCUACACGAAUGAACCACUCACAAAUAUCACAAACCCCAAGCAACAGGGCUUAGUUAUUGGCGGUGAAGUAUGCAUGUGGGGAGAAAAAGUAGAUGCAUCAGAUAUUGAACAAACCAUAUGGCCACGUGCUGCAGCUGCUGCAGAGCGGCUAUGGACACCUUAUGACAAGCUAGCUAAGGAUCCAAAACAAGUUGCUGGAAGGUUAGCACACUUCAGGUGUUUGUUGAAUCAAAGAGGAGUUGCUGCAGCUCCUCUAGGUGGACCAGGCCGAGGAGCACCUAUAGAACCAGGUUCUUGUUAUGUACAAUAA